AUUCUCCAUGCUGCAUUCAUCCCAUUUGGUGAAAUUGUCGACGUUCAAAUUCCUCUUGAUUAUGAGUCAGAAAAGCACAGAGGCUUUGCAUUCAUCGAAUUUGAGUUGGCUGAAGAUGCAUUGGCUGCCAUCGAUAACAUGAAUCUCGCAAUUCCUUGCCACUGCUAACUUGCUAUCAUAAGAUGUUAAUAAAUCAAGAAACUUCUUGAGAAAUGUGUUAAAUUUGGAAAUAAAAAUUGGUUCUAUUGUUAACUUUGUUGAAGAGGAAAAAAAAUCGUUCCAUCUCCAUCGACAUAACGUCUUCUUAAAAUAUAAAUGGGAAAUGAAAUGACCGAAGCAAUUUUUUAAGUGAAGUAUGAUGAAGAUGAGUGAAAUAUUCUGAAUGAUUCCGAAUUAUUUGGGAGAACAAUAAGAGUAAACAUAGCCAAGCCACAGAGGAUAAAGGAGGGCUCAUCGAAGCCAGUAUGGGCGGAUGAUAUGUGGCUGCAAGAGCACGCCGGCGAAACCCUUAGUAAAGAUGAAACCGGAAAAUCGGAAAUUUCAGCGACGAUAAAAGAAAAACGUAAUCCCCAGGUUUAUUUCGAUAUAACCGUUGGUAAACACGAGCUGGGGAGGAUUAUUAUGAUGCUGAGAGCGGAUAUUGUCCCUAAAACUGCGGAGAAUUUUCGAUGUCUCUGUACACACGAGAAGGGAUAUGGAUAUCAGGGGAGUACGUUUCAUCGAGUCAUUCCAGACUUUAUGUGUCAAGGUGGAGAUUUUACGAAUCACAAUGGCACUGGAGGUAAAUCCAUCUAUGGGCAUAAAUUCGAAGACGAAAACUUUGAAUUGAAACACACAGGUCCUGGGAUUCUGUCAAUGGCAAAUUCAGGACCAAAUACCAAUGGUUCACAAUUUUUCUUAUGCACAGCCCGAACUGAUUGGUUGGACAAUAAACAUGUGGUGUUUGGGCACGUUCUGAGUGGAUUGGAUAUUUUGAAAAAAAUUGAAAAGUUUGGUAGCAAAGCUGGGACACCUUCUCAAAAAGUUGUCAUUAGCACCUGCGGUGAAUUAAGUUAGAACGAUUUUUAAUAAAUAUUUAAAUCUAUAAA